AACUGAAGGAGACCUCGUUUUGAGGACUACCUGCGUUGCAUUUGUGCGUGGCGCUACCUCCCCUUUGUGCGUGGUGUGAUGCUCGUCGCUGGUACGUGCUCUGCCUGCAAGACAGGAAUCCGCUCAGUGUCUGUAUGCAUGACAUCGCUGCUGAGCCGAAGCACAACCACAGCCAGAUCCACCUAGGAGAGAGAGGGAGGGGAGUCCGACAGACAGACCUGUGGAGAUCAGCUGGCUGGAUGUGUGUUAUUCGUGCAGUGGUGUCCUUACCAGCUCCAUGAAAGAACCUGAGACGUCCUCCUAAAGGACAGGAGAGGUCUUGAGCCUAAGGAUGGACACCAUCUCCAUGCUGGGCAGCGGCUGCAGCAGCCCGGCUUACACUGACACAGCCCACCCUACCACCCCCUCCCUGUUCCUCCCCAAUGGGGUAAGGAAGAAUGGCCCCAGGGACCCUCCUCCCCACGGCCCCCUCCCCAAGCCUGUCGUAGCCAUCCUGGGCUCGGGUGACUUCUCCAAGUGCCUGACCAUCCGUCUGCUCCGCUGUGGCUUCCACGUGGUGGUGGGGAGCCGCCAACCCAAACGGGCCGCUGAGUUCUUCCCUCAUGUUGUUGAUGUGACCCACCAUGAAGACGCUGUGGGUAAAGCUUCUGUGGUUUUCCUCGCUAUCCGCAGGGAGCAUUAUUCUGUUCUCUGGGACCUCAAGCAUCUGCUGGCAGGGAAGGUUCUGGUGGACGUGAGCAACAACCGCCGUGUGAACCAGUACCCUGAGUCCAAUGCUGAGUACCUGGCCUCCCUGCUCCCAGACUCUACAGUUGUGAAGGGCUUUAAUGUCAUAUCUGCCUGGGCUAUGCAGUCUGGACCCAAAGAUGCCAGCAGGCAGGUGUACAUCUGCAGUAACUCUGUAGAGGGCAGACAACAGAUCAUGGAGCUGACCAGGCAGCUCAACUUCACCCCAGUGGACAUGGGAGCCCUCUCCUCCUCCAGAGAGAUUGAGAACAUGCCCCUGCGCCUUUUCCCCGACUGGAAAGGCCCCGUGCUAGCCACUGUGGCUCUCUCCAUCUUCUUCUUCGCCUAUUCCUUUGUCCGGGACAUCAUCCACCCUUAUGUGAAGAGCAAGCAGAGUGACUUCUAUAAGAUCCCUAUAGAGAUGGUGAAUAGGACUCUGCCCACAGUGGCCAUAACACUACUCGCUCUAGUCUACCUGGCGGGCCAGCUAGCCGCGGUCCACCAGCUGUACUAUAGGACUAAGUACAGGAGGUUCCCUCACUGGCUGGAGGGCUGGCUACAGAGCAGGAAGCAGCUGGGGCUCCUGAGCUUCUUUCUGGGGUGUGUCCACGUUCUCUACAGCCUCUGUCUCCCCAUGAGGAGGUCAGAGAGAUACCUGCUCCUCAACAUGGCCUACCAACAGGUCCAUGCUAACGUGGAGAACUCGUGGAAUGAGGAGGAGGUGUGGAGAGUAGAGAUGUACCUGUCUUUUGGUAUCAUGAGCCUCGGGCUCCUUUCUCUCCUGGCCGUCACCUCCAUUCCUUCUGUUAACAGCGCCCUCAACUGGAGGGAGUUCAGCUUUAUUCAGUCGACACUGGGCUACAUCGCUCUGCUUAUCGCUACGUUCCAUGCUCUGCUGUUCGGCUGGAAGCGGGCCUUUGAGGAGGAGGCUUACCGUUUCUACCUACCCCCUAACUUCGUGGUGGCCCUGGCCCUGCCCCUGUGUGUCAUCCUGGGGAAGGUGUUCCUGCUGAUCCCCUGUGUGGGACGGAGGCUCCACAGGAUCAAACGGGGAGCUGAGAGCAGCCAGUUGCGCCAGGACCCUGUUGGGGCAGCAGCACACGUCUCACCAGAGAGGGUCACUAUCAUGUGAAUGAAUGGGUGGAGGGGUGGAUGGAUGGAUGGAUGGAUGGAUGGAUUGGCUGGAUGGAUGGAUGUAUGGAUGAUAGGUGGAUGUGUAGAUAGGCAGGCAGACGUAUGACUGGAUGGAUCAAUGAAUGAAUUAACUUUAUUGAUCCUCAGAGGAGAAAUUGGAUUGUGGAACUGGACUGUGAAGCCAGAGUCCUGGGUUGGUUGGGCCACACAACCAGACUGGGCCAGACUGCAGCAUAGCCUAUCUAGCUAUCGAUAUUCUGCCAGUGCUCUAGCUAGCUACCACUGCCCUGCCAUUGAUCGAUCAGACAUACGUCUUUGCUCUUCAGUGACACUUUGAUGACACGCUGCCAUGACCAACCAUACUGUAACAUUUCCAACAGCAUUUAAUGAGCCCCUAGUUCCAGACGAAAUAUAUUAAGGAUAAUUAGCCUAUAUGUUAUAUGCCCUUGAAUCUGUGGUUCAGUCAGUGCUGCAAAAGGCACAAUGUGGUUCUGUGACUUGUCUGAGUAUUGUCUGCAAAUUGCCAAUUUCCUUGUUGUAGAAUUAUAAUAGUCAUCAUGGAAUUAUGUUCAGCCCAAGUACCAUGUAUUUUUAGAUAUGUACUUUUAUGAAUUCUGAUAUAUGUGAAGAUCGUAUUAAAUGUGAAAUCAAUGUAUGAAUGUUGACUGAGAAUCACACACUUGAGAAAACAUAUUUCCAUGAUCUGUGUCACUGUGUUCAACAGACAGAAAAAUGUGCCAAAAAAAAAAGUAUUUUUUACACGGCCAAUAGAAAUGAUGUAGCAGGUUAUUGUUGAAUCAAGCUAUUUGUUGUCAAUUGAAGUCAUGUAAUUAUGGAACAACAUUCAUGUAUACUGUGUGUGUAUUGAUAAUGCAGUACUGUAUGAUAUGCAUCCUAAAAAUGAUCAUUUCAUGACACUAUGGUAUAAAAUGUAUUUACUAGUAGGCAUACUUCACAACAACACAACCAUCAGUAGUGAAUAAUGUGACAAUCCACAAAGACUUGAUCCAGAUGUUUUUAUACUAUUGAUAAGUGUAUUUCCGAGUCCUUCUGCAUGGAUUAAAAGCCUAGUCAGUAGGAGAACAUAUCAGCUAUCAAAGAGCAUGUGUGACAACAUGUUUGAAAAUACACUGAACAAAUAUAUAAACGCAACAUGUAAGGUGUUGGUCCCAUGUGUCAUGAGCUGAAAUAAAAGAUCCCCAAAAUGUUCCAUACACACAAAAA